AAUUAUAAAAUGACCUUUGUACUGGUAACAUCGCAGGCGUUCAACCGUUCUGUUAUUUAUAUCUUCCGCUUGCUCUUCACACUGUUUCUACACGUAUUGCAUUACAUACCAGUACUUUCUUCAAUGCUCUUCCUUGUUCGCUCGCAGUCAGCGCGCGACGCGGGGAUCUUGGCUUUAUUUAAAUCGGAAAGUCGAGUUGUGAAUACUGACAGUCAGGGUGUAAGUGAUAUAGGAAGAUACAUUAUACUUCAUGCAGGUAAAAUAUUGGUGCAAAUAUCAUAUGCUCUUUUACAAAGCUGGAUGGGAUACUGAAUUCACUAUUUUAGCCUCAUUUUGUAUUGUGAUUUUCUUACUCGUCGAUACAUCUCUAAAUAAGGAAUACCAACUAGGCCUAUCAGUGAUCGGUGUAACUAAAACGACGUAGUCGAAGGCGCCAGCAGUUCGGCCAAAGCCGAUCAGUCGAAGAAACAGAAGAAGAAAGAAAAAGAGAAACAGAAAAAAGAGAAAAAGGAGACAGCGAAACAGGAGAAGAAGGAUAAAAAGGAGAAAGCAGAUAAAGAGAAGAAAGAGAAGAAAGAGAAGAAGAAAAAGGAUAAAAAAGAGAAGAAGAAAUCGAAAAACAAAGCUGAAUACAAAGAAUUGUCUCCACCGCCAGAAAUAUCGGAUCUCACGAAUUCUGUUGACGUGACCAACUUCAACGGAGACACUCGAAACCUUGAAGACGCCGUCACAGUAUCUGUUAAAAUUGAAACAACUGAUCCUGACAAUAUGAGAGGCAAGGAAAACGCGAGACCUAUAACGGUAUAUGAGGGUCGGCCACCUUCCCCUAAAGGACCGGGUGUUAGUGCUCUCAGAGAGAAAUUUGGCGCCAAAGCUACAGGUACACCAUGUAGGCCAAUCUCUUACCCAGCAUCAAGGAUUAACAAAGACUCACCUAACACUGAACUUCAUCAACCAGUACACAGGAAAUCAUUCGGUUUUAACAGGUUGGAGGAAACUCCCCAGAAACCGAAUGACAAGAACGGAAUUGCGGACGGAAACGUAAGCGCUCUGAAACAAAAAUUUGGAGGAACAAAUGCAGGUACCCCGCCGUCACCGACAACAAAACAAACCACACCGUUUUCAACACCAACAACAAAGACUGUGGCAACACCUAGCAAGUUUGGUGGUGUGGCAAACAAAUGGCAACCAAACCAGACCAGUACACCCAGUGAUACGAAAAUGACAUCGGGAAACCAGGUCGAUCAAGCAAUUACACCGACAACGGCAUCCACCACUGCAACUACCAGCAUCAGUGCUCUCAGAAAUAGAUUCAAUAGUAGCUCUGAUGAUGGAACGACUGUCACACCGGUUGGUCAGACGAUUAUCACACAAGAUAAGAAGAGAAAGAAGGCUGGUGAUGACAAGAGAGCUGAAGACCACAUUGAAAAAGAAAACGAGAAGAAUAAAUCCCCUCGUAAACAUUGGCGGGAUUGGUCACCUAAGAAAGAAACUAAGACACCAAGCAGAGAAGCAUCACCAACCAAAGACACAUCACCAAGGAAACGAAAGAGCAUGGUUUUAAACAGAUUGAACAAUAUCACGAGAACCAAGUCAAAACAUGAGAGUAAAGAUGAGGUCGAGGAGUCUCCACUUAUUAGUACAUCGGUUGUUGAUAAUAGAGAUGCUGAAGCUGAGAAAGAAAGAGCUAGACAGCUGAUUGCUAAUCGGACCAGUGCUCUUAUACAUGGCAUCAACUCAACACCAAAGACAACGACGCCAUCUAGGGUUCAAUUUGAGGAAUCUGUACCCAAGAGAACGAGAAGAGAUGAAAAACCAAAAGAGCGACCCAAGACAGAAUAUAACUUCCAAAGUGUAUCGUCACCAAGACCAAAAUCAAUUGGUGACACGAAGGAGCUCUUCUCAUCACCUGGUAAUGUGAGUAGUAUGACACCUAUUAAAGGAACAAACAUCAUCAAGAAUCCAACAACAAAGACACAGAAACUACUUCAAUGGUGCCAGAUACAUACUCAAGGAUAUGAUGGUGUUUGUGUGUCCAACUUCUCUUCAUCAUGGGCUGAUGGUCUGGCUUUCUGUGCUUUAGUUCACAAGUUCUUCCCAACUGCUUUCAAUUUCAACUCACUUAGUGGCAGUAAUAGGAGACACAACUUUGAUCUCGCUUUUUCAUCAGCCGAGGAAUACGCCACAGUACCUCGUUUACUUGACACAGAUGACAUGAUUGAGAUGGGGGAUAAACCAGAUUGGAAAUGUGUUUUUACCUAUGUGACAACACUCUAUUCUGGACUCAAUAAACACGCAAAAUGAGAAGAUGAAAAGUAUCGACUGUUUAAAACUCUGAAAUCCACAAUGUGGUGGAAUGGAAUCUUAUUUUUCAAUUUGAUUCCCGAGGAGAGAACUAACCGUUCGCUCAGAGACAGCAGAUUCGAGUCUAUAAUACAAGUAUCGGAACGAUAAGCUGAUUCGUGUCAUGUUAACUAUUAACAUGUCAUAAUUAUGUACAACAGCAGAUUGACCGACAUGCUUGCAAGCAUUAAUGCUCUUACCGAAUAAGGUCAGGUCCCAUGUCUGGUAGUACAUUUUAUAUAAAGGUGGAAAUGAAUUAUUGUUAUUGUUAUUCCAAAGAUACUGUUUACACCAAUCAAUCGCUAAAUCAAGGUUGCCAAAACGGUAACUGGAGGAAAAUUUUAUUCCUUAUAUGAAAUCCUAUGGAACAUGAAUUAUUCAUAAAUUGAGCUUACUAGAGCGGUCAUUAUGCAAUUAUCGCUCUGCGAAUAAUUUGAUACAAUUUCUGCUUUGUCUACCCAGAACACCCGGACCGGAUUCAGAGAGAGAGAGAGAGAGAGAGAGAGAGGGAGAGGGGGGGGGGGGGGAGAGAGCCUUUCUGCUACCAAAAAUAUAGUACUUUGUGUAUCACAAACAUUACCGGAAAGUCUGAUAAAGCUGAUUUUUGUUUUUAUUAAGUUAUAAUUGAUUAGUUUUUUUUUAUUACUCAGCGUACAUUAAUUACCAUUGGACUAUGACUAAAUCAUGUCAGCAUUGGUAUAGAACGGAAUUAGCACGAUAAUACUCGCCCCUUAUCUUAAGAUUAGUAAUAAUAAGACCAAGAUUUUAAUGCUUAUGACAAGAAAAUGAUCUACAAAGUGGUGAUUCUUUUUAUAUAAGAGGACAUUGCAUGAUUCGAAAAUUAAUUUGCAUGUAAAAACAUGACAUUUUAUCUCAAUGUAUUUCUGUAGAUAUUUCAGAAAGAGAGAGAGAUAUAGCAGAAAGGAAGGAGCAGAAGGAGAAAGACGAGAGAGAGAGAGAGAGAGGGGGGGGGGGAGGGGAGGGAAGGUGAUAUUUCAGAGAAUUUUAACUGGGAUUGAAUGCAUUGAAAUGAUGGUUUCCUAUGACUCUUUUGCAAACAUGAAAAUCCUAGCAAUGGUAUAUUAUAAUAUAAUAUCAUCUGAUAUUAUAUGGAUCAGUAGCUAUUAAUGUGUGCUAUUUUAUUUGUUUGCUUUAUCAUAUUGAUCUAAAAAUAGUGUUCUGAAUUUGAGCUACAGUUAUUUUUCAUGUUUAUUUUGAUGUACGGAAAGCAGUUUGUAAAUAAUAUAAAAAAUAGAAACAUUCCGUGUAAAUAGUGAUUGUCUUGAGGACAAUAAGAUAAGAUGUACUCAUAUCUGUGAAAUGAUUAUAAAGAAGAUACGAAGUGAAAAUAUUUCAUCAUAGUCUGUGUAACCCUCUCUUAUUGUCAUGAUUACUAUCAUUUAGUUACACUUGGUUUUAUUUCUUAAUAUAUUUUUCAAUAUUUUAAAUUAUCUUCUUUCUAUUUUUUUUACCAAAGUGCAAUUCAUCAAGUGCUGUUUUUUUUCCUUUUAAUAAACGUGUUUUGAUAUUUACAACUCCUUUUAAUGCACAUGACUGUGGCUUACAAUUGGGUAUAAAGCUUGAGUCAUUUGAGCAAUAAAUUUGAAUUGGUAAGUGUUGACAGGCCAGUUAUUUUUUUCAUAUGAAUUAUUUUAUAUUUCUAGAUAGGCCUAUGAAGUGAAUUUGCUGCAUACCUUAUGAGACUAGAAAGAAUAUUUUGUUCAUAGUCACAUAGGCAAUCUUAUCAUAUUGUCGUGCAAGAUAUGAAAAAAAUAAUUAUAUAGUGUUUGUAAACCACAAGUUUGCUACUGAAGAUAUUUUGAUUCAGAGUUUCGUUUUAUCAAGGUAUUUUACUUCAUUUUAAUAAGGAUCUUUAGAGCAUCACUUAGGAACAAUUUGUUUAUUUUCUGACAUCAUGCAAUAAUAUACUGCUGGCCAGUAAAGUAAAGCUAUAUAAAUGAUGUUCAAAUUAGUUUUCUAUGGUUCUAUAGUAGACCUCUGUAAGUAUUUUUUUCACAUAAAAAUAAUGUAUUUCAUUUUUGGAAUAUACCGUCAUUUUCCGAUUCGUCAUAAAAUUGAAUGAGAUAAAUUAAAUGUAAUCAAUGAAAUGAAUUAAUUGAUAUUCUUCAGAAUAAAUUUGUAAAAAUUGCUA